AUGCCUGAUAUCUGCAAGCAUGGGAAUCAGAGCCUAGGUGCUCUGCUUGGAGAGGCGACAGGUUACAUGUUUCUAAAGACUUUCGAAAUAGCGCGUGGAACUCGCCAAGCUCUUCUUGUCGGCACUCCUGGCAAGAUUUCCCCCGAUGAUAUUCUCUAUCUUGUUCGGCGAGAUCCCCGAAAGUAUUCUCGUGUCAAAGAGCUGUUGAUUCUCAGCGAAGAACUUCGUCGUGCCAAGAAGGCUUUUGAAGAGGAUGAGUACGGAGUUCUCAAAUGA